CGGGGGCGGGCGCGGCGGCGCGAGCCGCAUGAAUGAGAGGAACGUGCCCCGCGCGAGACGUCGCGCGCGCCCGGGCCAGGGGACCAAUGGGAAUGCCGGGAGGGCUCGAGAACCGGCACUGAGGGCAACGGCCGCGCGCCGGCUCGAAGACGAGCGUCGCCGGGCGGGAGCGCGCGGGAGCGGGGCGGGCGUGGAGCGUGCGGGGGCCGCGCGCUGCCUCUCAGAGGCCGGACGGCACUGCCGAGAGGCGGUGGUGACAACGACGGCGGCGGUGACGGGCACCGCGCCGGGGGUGUUGGAGAGGCAGAUCCUCCAGCAUACUAGGUGAGGCACCAUAACAAAGUUGAACUCUGCAUUUGGAAAGCCCAAGAUUGAAGAAGAAAGAUCAGAGACAUUGGCUAGCCUGGAAACGGGAACAUCUUUGGAACUUUGCUUUUAUCUACAGUAAUCAUUUAAAGUAUCAACAAGUGGAAUUAAUUUCUUCAUUUUAUUCUGCUUAUUAGGAAAAACAUGACUUCAAGGAUUUUAAGUUUCCCUUUAGUUUUGCAUGAACUCUAUAGGAAACGGAGCCCUUAAAGGGCUUGGGAAUAACAAGAAGAGAUUGAAGACAGACAAGCUUGCUCUCUGUUUUCCCUCCCCCUUCAAAGAAAAGGAUUUACAACUCAACCCUGUGACAGCUGUUGUCCAGCUUUGGCCAUCAAGAGAGAAAUAAAUUAAACUACCAUUGCCAGAUUACAAACCCUGGUGAAGUCAAGGUGUGGGAGUGGUGGCAUUGAGAAGACUGCCUAAAAGGGACAAGGACAGCAGUAGAGACAACUUCUCUUUAAAGCUGGAAGGGGCCCAGGUUCCUUCUUGGAUUAAAAUAGAAACGCUGGGCACACCUCUUAGGUGCAGCUCACAUUUUGUGGAAGUGUGGUAGUCUUGGAGGUACUUUUGUAUCUCCUCAGAAGAAUUUUUCCUUGAUCGACGUUUUCUGCCCUACCCUGAUAUUUUCCCCUUCUUUCCUUAUGAAGCUCUGCCUCCAUCUGUGAACUAUAUCUUGAUCUCUUCGACUGUCCAUGUUCUCCACCUGCAACAGUUUGCAUGUGUAUAGCCUUCUGUUUGUCUUCAAUUUUAAAACUGUACAAGUUGUUUCUUAAUUUUCCCUUCUGCUUUGUUCUGGGGAGGUGGUUAUUCAUCAUUUGAAAUCACCUUUCCCCCUCCCAUGUGCUUUCCCUCAUUUGAGAUCUUUUGACCUUCAGUUUUAUUUGGGAGGGGGAAGGGUGAUAAUUUUAAAUUUUCUGUUUUCCCUGGUUUCCUUCCUUUCUAUUGUUUCCCUCAUCCCAUUUUCUUGUCUGUUCUGCCGCUGUGUGGGCCUGGGCUAUGCGGCAGGGCAGAUCUCCCAUCAGAGCUCCAACAUGCCCGCAGAGUCUGGAAAGAGAUUCAAACCCAGCAAGUAUGUCCCGGUCUCAGCAGCCGCCAUCUUCUUAGUGGGAGCUACAACACUCUUCUUUGCCUUUACGUGUCCAGGACUAAGCCUGGAUGUGUCACCUGCAGUGCCCAUCUACAAUGCGAUUAUGUUUCUCUUUGUUCUGGCCAACUUCAGCAUGGCCACGUUCAUGGACCCAGGGAUUUUCCCUCGAGCUGAGGAGGAUGAGGACAAGGAAGAUGAUUUCCGAGCUCCCCUUUACAAAACAGUAGAGAUCAAGGGCAUCCAGGUGCGCAUGAAAUGGUGUGCCACUUGCCGAUUCUACCGUCCUCCUCGAUGUUCCCACUGUAGUGUCUGUGACAACUGUGUGGAGGAAUUUGAUCAUCACUGCCCCUGGGUGAACAACUGUAUUGGUCGCCGGAACUACCGUUAUUUCUUCCUCUUCCUCCUUUCCCUGACAGCCCACAUAAUGGGGGUGUUUGGCUUUGGCCUCCUUUAUGUCCUCUACCACAUAGAGGAACUCUCAGGGGUCCACACGGCUGUCACAAUGGCAGUGAUGUGUGUGGCUGGCUUAUUCUUCAUCCCCGUAGCUGGCCUCACAGGUUUUCACGUGGUGCUGGUGGCUAGGGGACGCACAACCAAUGAACAGGUUACGGGUAAAUUCCGGGGAGGUGUGAACCCCUUCACCAAUGGCUGCUGUAACAAUGUCAGCCGUGUACUCUGCAGUUCUCCAGCACCCAGGUAUUUAGGAAGACCAAAGAAAGAGAAGACCAUUGUAAUCAGACCUCCUUUCCUUCGGCCUGAAGUGUCAGAUGGGCAGAUAACUGUGAAGAUCAUGGAUAAUGGCAUCCAGGGAGAGCUGAGGAGAACUAAGUCCAAGGGCAGCCUGGAGAUAACAGAGAGCCAGUCUGCAGAUGCAGAACCUCCACCUCCUCCUAAGCCAGACCUGAGCCGUUACACAGGGCUGCGAACACACCUCAGCCUAGCUACUGAGGAUAGCAGCCUCUUGGGCAAGGAGAGCCCCCCAACACCUACCAUGUACAAGUAUCGGCCGGGUUACAGUAGCAGCAGCACAUCAGCCGCCAUGCCUCAUUCCUCCAGCGCCAAGUUAAGUCGUGGGGACAGCUUAAAGGAGCCAACCUCAAUUGCAGAAAGCAGCCGCCAUCCCAGCUACCGUUCAGAACCCAGCUUGGAGCCAGAGAGUUUCCGUUCUCCCACCUUUGGCAAAAGCUUUCACUUUGAUCCCCUAUCGAGUGGCUCACGCUCCUCCAGCCUCAAGUCAGCACAGGGCACAGGCUUUGAGCUGGGCCAGUUGCAGUCCAUUCGUUCAGAAGGCACCACCUCCACCUCCUACAAGAGCCUGGCCAACCAGACACGCAAUGGAAGCCUAUCUUAUGACAGCCUACUCACUCCUUCAGACAGUCCUGAUUUUGAGUCAGUGCAGGCAGGGCCUGAGCCAGACCCGCCUUUAGGCUACACCUCUCCCUUCCUGUCAGCCCGACUGGCCCAGCAACGGGAAGCCGAGAGGCACCCACGUUUGGUGCCAACUGGCCCAACACACCGAGAGCCCUCACCAGUCCGUUAUGACAAUCUGUCACGCCAUAUUGUGGCCUCCCUUCAGGAACGAGAGAAGCUGCUGCGCCAGUCACCCCCACUUCCAGUCCGUGAAGAGGAACCAGGCUUGGGGGACUCCGGCAUUCAGUCAACACCAGGCUCAGGCCAUGCUCCUCGUACUAGUUCCUCCUCAGAUGAUUCGAAGAGAUCACCCUUAGGCAAGACUCCACUGGCACGCCCAGCUGUCCCUCGUUUUGGCAAACCAGAUGGGCUAAGGGGCCGAGGGUUAGGAUCCCCUGAACCAGGCCCAACUGCCUCAUACCUGGGCCGAUCCAUGUCUUAUAGCAGCCAAAAAGCCCCACCCGGUGUCUCUGAGACAGAGGAAGUGGCCUUGCAGCCAUUACUGACACCCAAAGAUGAAGUACAGCUCAAGACCGCCUACAGCAAAUCCAAUGGGCAGCCCAAGAACAUAGGCUCAGCCUCUUCUGGCCCAGGCCAGCCACCUCUCAGUAGCCCCACAAGGGGAGGAGUCAAGAAGGUGUCAGGGGUGGGUGGUACCACCUAUGAGAUUUCGGUGUGAGCCUUCGGCGCCUCCUCUCCCCAUGCCUCUGCGCCUACACCAAAGGGCCCCAGGUGGCCACCUUCCUUCCCUCAAGGGGCUCCCUUCCCCUGCAUGGACAUUUUUUAAACCACCGAUUCCAAGGGGAUGAGGUGCGUUUUAUAAAAUGCAGUGGGGUUGGGGAGUUGGAGAGUUGGGGCCCUGAGACUGGGGUAGCAGCCCCUUUUACCUUUUAAGACCUUCCCUUCCUUAAUCCCUGGACCAGACUCAGUGGACAUUUGUGCAAUUGCUCACCCUGGAGGGAACCAGAUCAUUUUUAAAACCAGAAAUAAUUUUUUUUAUUAUUGUUACGGAUUCUAUUUUUUUCCUCUUCUGCGUUACCAGGUGUGUGUGUACAUAUAUAUAUAUAUAUAUAUAUAUUAUAAAUAUCAAAGAAAUUAUAUAUCUAUCCUGGGAUGGGAAAAUUCGGGAGGGAUAUAUAUAAGGAGGGGAGAUUUUGCUCUUCCCUUUCCUCAGACCAGCAGGAAAAGAGAGACCUCUAGGUUUUUCUUUUUCCCAUGGUUCCCUCUUGUCCCAGUUACCAACUAAGGAAAUAGCACCCUCUGUUGGUGUUGAUUAGGAAAGAAACCUGGGAAGAGGUGAGUCUGGGGUCUUGGUCAGAACAGACUUGGAGAGAGCUAGCUUUCAAUGUUCAUUGGCAUUUAAUUUCCCCAGGAAAGGGGUCAGUGCUCCAUGACAUUGGUGGUGUUGGUGGUGGUGAUGGUGAUGGUGGUGGUGGUGUGGUGGAGGAGGAGGAGGAGGGUCAUCAGGAAGAGAACUUGACCUAGCUCAAGAAACAAUACUGGAUAAUCCCCCCUUCUUGGGGGAGAAGGAUUAGAGUGGGCUCCUUCAGUGAGCCCCUCAUAGCUUCUGCCUACUUACAUAGUUAACGUGAUUUAAAAUCGAAGGCCAGGAGAGAAAAAAAGCAAUAUUUUUCAUCACAUGCCAAAAAAAUGGGAUAGAGUAAAGGAGUGGCAGGCCUAGGCCCCUCCGAGUGUCCCUUGGGGGUUACCCCUCAGCCCAUCUCAGUAUGGUGCUGGGUAGAGGGGAUACCUGGGUUCUAACCUCUAAAUAGGGAAGACCCCAACCUCUACACAGAGGCCCUUUUAUUUUUUAUUCUGAUUAGCCAUUUUAAACCAACAAGGAAUAAAAAGAAAUCCUGAUCUAACAAGC